AAAUAACGGCAUCCUUCCCUUACAAGCAAACAAUCCACUCGCCCACACCACUUGUGUCCACAGCGACGCAUCAGCAACCGCAGAGAUGAACCCCCACCAGCAGAACAAGGUGGACAUUAGCGUACGUCAUUCGCGGCCCAUGCGCAAUGCGGGCAUUGCUCGCACUGCUGCCCCUUUGGCAACGCCGUAGACUGUGCCAACUUCAGAUCUGACAGAGCGUAGAAAAUGUCGCCCGAGGAGGCUAAGCUCUUCCGCCUGUACGGAAAGCUGCCAAACAAGAAGGACUUGCUGCAGAACAAGCUCAAGGAGCGCAAGUACUUCGACAGUGGCGACUACGCUCUCUCCAAGGCUGGCAAGGCCUCAGAUGUCGGUGUCACGCAAGUUGGCCGCGAGCACCCCAACCCCGAGAAGAUUCCGCAUAUGGCCCCGCCUACAACAAGCAAUGGACAAACACCCACAAAUGGAGAUCUGAAGGCUGGCAGCCCAUCGAAGGAAGGCGGCACUUUCCUCCACCGUGAGACAAGCCUGAACCGCGAAACCUCUGCUUCCGACUUCGCCGAGAAUGCGGAGCCGCAAACCCAGCCGGCCGCUCAGGUCUAGAGGGACUUCGCAUCGUCAGCCUAAUCCUGUACUCGGUCUAUUCGUCCCUGGUGCUUGUGAAGAGAGGAAUUAAAAUAUUUACGCGUCAUACUUUCUUACGGCCUGGCCUGUAUUGACUACACUGGGGCAUGGCGUCACC